AUGUUUAGGUCCAUUCUCCGUCCAAGAUCCAUAAACUGUGUCAGAUCGUUAGCCACAUCAGUUGAGGAGAAAGCUCCCAGACUCAAGAAAUUCCAAAUAUACAGAUGGAACCCGGAUACCCCAGAGGUUCAGCCCAAGAUGCAGACGUAUGAAGUUGACUUGAACAAGUGUGGUCCCAUGGUUUUGGAUGCAUUGUUGAAGAUCAAAAACGAAGAAGAUGCUACUUUGACGCUCAGAAGAUCAUGUCGUGAAGGUAUUUGCGGCUCGUGUGCCAUGAACAUUGGAGGCAGAAACACCUUGGCUUGUUUGUGCCGUAUAGAUCAGGAUACCUCGAAAGAGACCAAGGUCUACCCUUUACCACACAUGUUUGUUGUCAGAGACUUGGUGCCUGACUUGACCCACUUUUACAAGCAGUACAAAUCCAUCGAACCAUAUUUGCAAAGAGGCAGCCACCCCGCUGAUGGAAGAGAAAACUUGCAGAGUAUCGAAGACAGAGCCAAGUUGGAUGGAUUGUACGAGUGUAUUUUGUGUGCCUGCUGCUCGACUUCUUGUCCAUCCUACUGGUGGAAUCAACAACAAUACUUGGGCCCUGCAGUCUUGAUGCAGGCCUACAGAUGGUUGAUUGACUCCAGAGACGAGGCCACCGCCGAGAGAAAGGCAAUGUUGCAAAACUCGAUGUCCUUGUACAGAUGCCACACCAUCAUGAACUGUGCUAGAACUUGUCCAAAGGGAUUGAAUCCAGGAAAGGCCAUUGCUGAAAUUAAAAAGAUACUAGCAUUCGAUUAA